CACGACCAAAUGGAUGAUAACGAUGAAUGGGUAGAGGCACCUGUUGGUGACAAGGAAGAGAAGCAUAAGAAACAUCGUCAUCACAAGGAUAAGAAGGACAAGAAAGACAAGAAGGACAAGAAGGACAAGAAGGACAAAAAGAAGAAAUAUGAUGACAAUGACCAUUCAGACAAUGAUGAUCAUGAACAGAAGAAGAAGAAGAAACUAAGGACUGAUGAUACACCAACAACAUCAUCAUCGACGACAACAUCAGAUGUAAAGCCAGUUGUUCAAAGGGAGGAAUGGAUGAGUAUAGAGACUGAAUCAUGGUUGGCUGGAUCAAUGUCAAACAAGGAUACGAGGAAACUGCAACAACAGAAGGAGAGAGAGGAACGUGAUCAAUUGGCUGAUAAGUUGGCAAAGUCUGCUGGUCUACUGGAUCCAAAGACUUAUGAUUCAGUACCAUCGUCAUUAUCGUCGUCUACAAGCACAUCAACUUCAACGUCGACAUCAACUUCUUCAAGCUCCGCAACAUCGUCGUCGUCUUCAUACUUGGUUGGAGAUGGAGGUGCCAGUUGGAGAGCAAGGAAGAUACAAAGAGCACAGCAACAAUCAGGUGACUCAUCAUCGUCAUCACCUGUACUCACAUCAAUGAAGGAACGUGUUCAGGAUAUGGAGCAGCAACGAAAGACACAUCAUCAUGGAGGUGGCAGUGGAGGUGGUCAUCGUCAAUCAUCAGACAAUCACUACUCCAGCAGGGAUAGCAAGGAUACUGCAUCACCAUCUUUCCAAAUGAAGAAGCCAAGAGAUGACUCAAACCUAUUCUGGAGUCCAGGAUCAACCAGAGAGAAGCUCAAGGACAAGCUGAGAGAGGAUGAUCGAAACAGAGAUAGAGACAGAGGCAGAGAUAGAGAUGGCGAGCGAGAUAGAGGUAGAGAUGGUGAUAAAGAUAGAGAUAGAGGUAGAGACGGUGAUAGAGACAGAGACAGAGGCAGAGAUGGUGACCGAGACAGAGACAGAGACAGAGAUAGAGAUAGAGAUAGAGAUAGAGAUAGUAGAGAUAGAGAUAGAGAUGAUUCAAGAUCACAUCAAAAAGAGGACAAACCAUCAAUAUCAGUUGUUAGAACUGAGCAGCCAUCACUUAGCGAGCUAUUCCCUCACUUGAAGUCAAACUCAAGCAAUGAUCAAUCAAAGACAACAUCUACAUCAUCCUCUUCAUCAUCGACAACGACAUUAUCAACGAACAACAACAACAGGUCCAAUGAACAAAAGUCAUCAGCACCAACAACGACAGCUAAUGCCCAUGCUGUGACAAAUACAGGUGGUGGCGCAAUGAGCCUUAACAAACUAUCAGCAGAGUUAAUGAAGGCCAAGCUAAUGGGUGAUAAGGCAAAGGUUGAGAGAUUGCAGACUCAAAUUGAUGAGGUGAAGCGUACAGAGUCCAACAACAAUCAGCAACCACCAGCACAACAGCCACAAGGACAACAACAACAUACUUCAAAUGAUGACGGCCCUGUCAAGAUAUCAGGAAUGGACCAAUAUGGACGAAAGAUAUUCAUGAAGCAUAACACAACAUCAUUGUCACAGCAUAAGCAGGAACACUUUGAAAAGAAUGGCGAGAGGACCAAGUACUAUGACGACGAUGAUCAGGUGGACUUGGACACGAUGGUGGCCAACGAGAGACGUGGCACCACCCAGAACAUGGACUACGAGUUCCUCGACACCAUAUCCAAAUCGACCAGAUGGGCGACAGACGACCGCGAUGACUUUGGACCAGAGAUGCACGCCGGGCGAAACACAUCCAAGAAGAGACAGGGCGAGCGUGAUCAAAAGGACGUCGAGAAGUUCAAACAGCAGCUGGUCAGCGCAGACAAGAAGGUUAACUCGAUCAUGGAUCGCUGCUGGCACUGUCCCAACUCUGCACAGUAUCAGAAGCACAUGACCAUUGCCACAGGCCAUCACAUGUAUCUGUCACUGCCCACCAGGAACAUAUUGGUCAAUGGACACUGUCAGAUCGUCCCCAUCCAACACUCGCUGGCAUGCUCAUCAAUCGACGAGGACGCCUGGACUGAGGUAAACAACUUCCGAAAGUGCCUCAUACAGAUGUACGCAGAGCAGGACAAGUUUGUCGUGUUCAUGGAGACGGCAAUGAAGUUCAAGCAUCAGAAUCAUACGAUAAUCGAGUGCAUACCGCUGUCAAGCAAGGACUUCUCGACGGCACCCGGAUUCUUUAGGCAGUCUUUGAUGGAGGCCGAGUCUGAGUGGUCCAAUAACAGAAUGAUCGACCCCGUUGCCAAGGGCGGCCUGUCCAGCUGCGUGCCCGCCAACUUCCCCUACUUCUGGGUAGAGUAUGGUUACAAACAGAGUGGCUGCGUGCAUCCAAUCGAGAAGGAGACAGCAUUCCAGCGAGACUUUGGAAGGAGUGUGAUUGCCGGUAUGCUCGACCUGGACCUGGAUGAAGUCCAAUCAAGGAGGAAGAGCAGGUCCGAUGAAGAGAGAUACGCCAAGCAGUUCAAGACAAUGUUUGAUCCAUAUGACUGGACCAAACAGUUGGACGAG